AGAAGUGGUUUGCGGCUUAUCAACAGAUGAUAGAUCCCAUUUAGUUUCAUACUUUAGCUUAUUCAUCAAAAAUCGUUGUUAAUUUUGUUAUUAUUUUCCGAUAAAGUGUUCUAGCAAAGUCAACCACCAUGGAAGAAUUAUUGGCAUCCGUGAACGAUGUCGAAUUCGACGUUGAAAUCGCCUUGGCUGAACAAAUCGGUGCUCUCAAUCUACCUUUCCCGGGAAUGGACAAAUCUGGUGCAGCGGUCUGUGUUUUUCAUCUUCGUGGUAACUGUCAUCGAGGUGCAAAUUGUCCAUUCAGACAUAUCAAAGGAGAUCGUAGUAUAGUUUGUAAACACUGGCUUCGUGGUCUAUGUAAAAAAGGAGAUCAAUGUGAAUUUCUUCAUGAAUAUGAUUUAACUAAAAUGCCGGAAUGCUAUUUUUAUUCCCGUUUCCAUGCAUGUUCUAACAAGGAAUGCCCUUUUCUACACAUUGAUCCGGAAUCUAAAAUCAAAGAUUGUCCGUGGUAUGAUCGUGGUUUCUGCCGGCAUGGACCCAAUUGUCGCCAUAGACAUACUAGACGUGUAAUAUGUUUGUGUUACCUUGCUGGUUUUUGUCCUCUCGGUCCAGAAUGUAAAUUUGUUCAUCCUAGAUUUGAUUUACCUAUCAACGAUCCAAAUGUUCAAGCAAAGAAAGGAACUGUCAUUUGUCAUUAUUGCAAUGAAUUAGGCCAUAAAAUUUAUAAUUGUCCCAAGAUGCCUCCUGAAGCAAGAGAAGAAGCAAUACAAAGUAAACUUGCUCAGCUUGAGCAGCAACACUCCGGCCAACAACCUAUUCAACAUCCACAUCAUGCUCCUCAUAAUACACAUCACAAUAGUCAUCACAAUUCGCAUCAUAAUCCGAUUCAUAAUCAAUCACAUAAUAAUCACCCUCCUCAUCAAAAUCAAGGACCACCGGUUCCUAAUGCAACUAAAAACGGAACAGAUAACUCCAACUCUAAUUCAUCGGAUCCCCAGGGAGCUCAAUCCAAAGAAAGGAUUCAUAGGCCUCUUGAUCAAGUAACAUGCUUCAAGUGUGGAGAAAAAGGUCAUUAUGCUAAUAAAUGCCCUAAAGGUCAUCUUGCAUUUCUAAGUAGUGCUCUUAAAGAACUUCAAGCCAAACGCGGCGAAGGAAAUUAAAUUCAACAAUUCAGUAAUUCAAAUUAUAGUCAUCAAAAAGGUGGAAGACAUUUUGAGGAAAAAAUUUGAUUCCUUAAUGAGAGUUUCCAAUGGUCAAAAAUCUUUCGACUCAACUAAUUAUGACGAGCUCAAAGAAAACUUUAUUGCUGAGACCAUGCCGCUUUUGACACCAAAGUAUUCUACUUUGCUUAAAGAUCCAGAGUUGGAGACACGGAUACUGGAUGCUAUCCCCAAAAGAGAGUACAAUUAUAAUUCGGAGGAUGCAAAUGUUGUUGCCAAAAUGUUGAAAUCGUGUAAGAAGGAUACAUUGGAAUCAUUAAAGGAAGAGUCAGGUGGAAACAUUGAAAAAGGCCGAGGAGCAAAUACUUGAAUCAUUCCAAUCCGAAAUCGGAGAGGUGGUGGAAAACAAAAGUUUAUCAAGAAAAAAACUCUUGAAUCCAUCGUCCAAUUUCAGCUGAUCCUGAUAAUCUCCAGAAAACUACAUUGAAGGAUUUUUGAUUAGUUUGAUUAUAUCUAAUUGUAUCGUAAAGAUGCAUUUGCUCCCAUGGAUACCAAUCAUCCAAUUUUUAUCCAGCGCGCCUUCCGCAUUGUUUGAUUUACCUAUGAAAGAAUCAAGAUAAUCACCUUAACUAUGGGAUAAUCUUGAAACAACUGUUAACUCAUUUUUGAAAAUUGUGCUGUUUACAUCUGCUACAAAUUAAAAUUAAAUUGUUUACCAGAAAUGAAAGUAAUAGUUUUAAUACUUAUUUCAUUGCAAGUUUACCUUGGAUCAAGUCAACAAAUUGACUUUUAUAGUUGGUCGCAAGUGAUUGAUGAAAAUUUAAUUGAUGAUUUUUACCAUUAUAUAAACAAAUUUCGGAUUGAAUUACCUGCAACUUGUAUAUCGAAGAUGUUACAACGUAGUGAGUAUGCCGAGUGUUAUUAUGGAGCUCUUGACCGAUGGCGAAC